AUGAACGGUAUUUUUGCUAUCGAGAAGCCAAGCGGCAUCACUUCCAAUCAAUUUAUGAUGAAAUUACAACGAUUACUUAAUAACAGUCAAAUAUUCUCUAAGGAAAUUGCUAGAGCUACAGCUGAAAGAAUGCAACAGUAUCAACAACAGACUGGUAAGAAAGCGAGUAAAAGAAAAUUGAGAAAGGUCUCUAAGGUGAAAAUGGGUCAUGGUGGUACUUUGGAUCCAUUGGCAUCGGGUGUACUUGUAAUCGGUAUUGGCUCAGGUACAAAACAAUUAUCAAACUAUCUUGGGGGAACUGUUAAAGUAUAUGAGAGUGAGGCACUAUUUGGCGUCUCUACAACUUCCGGUGAUGUUGAAGGUGAAAUACUAGCUGAAAAUUCAGUGAAACAUUUAAAUAAGGAAAAUCUAUUAGGUUUAAAGGAGAAAUUCGAAGGUUCUUUAAAACAAACACCACCAAUUUUUGCUGCAUUAAAGAUGGAUGGUAAGCCAUUACACCAAUAUGCCAGAGAAGGUAAACCUCUACCAAGAGCAAUUGAACCAAGACAAGUUACCAUUUACGACAUGAAGUUUUUCCCAGACUGUUUAUCAACUGAACAUAACUAUCCUUUAUUGAGACCUCCUACAGAUGAUGCUAAGGAGACUAUCAAACUAUUAAAUGCCAACUUAAAGGAUGAUAAACUUUAUUUCUCAAAAGAAUAUUGUGAUAAACAAGGGUGGGAUACUCAAGAUGCCAGAGUUGAGGAUCCAAUACCACUUACAGAAGAAGAAUUGAAAACUAUUGAAGAGAAGGCUGAUACUUACCGUGCACCUUUGCUACAUUUCAGAGCGAAGGUAUCUUCAGGUACCUAUAUUCGUUCCUUGAUUAGCGAUGUCGGGAAAGCAAUGAGAAGUUCUUCAUACAUGGUAAAGUUAAUCCGUUUACAACAGGAGAAAUGGUCACUUGAAGAAGGUAAUGUAUUUAAAUUUGAAGAUUUUAACGAAAGGGAUGAAAAAGUCUGGAGCAAAGUUUUACAAAAAGUUAUUGAUUUAGGCCCUGAGGUCAAAAUUGCUGAUGAGAUCCAACAAGCACAACUUGAAUUUGAUAAUGAGAAGAAAGCCUCAGAAGAAUCAUAUACAAAUGAUGUCAAUGAAAAUAAUCCUGAAUCCGUUGAAAAGCCAAAAACAGAAGAAAAUGUAGAGGAAAUAGGGAAUUCUAAAAAGAGAUCUGCGGAUGAGUUAUAA